AUUGCCGUAGUCAGGCUGACUGCAGGAGCCGAAACCAAAGGAGCUGUUGUCUGAAACGCCCUGCAUCCUACCCCUACCUUCCAAUCUCCAUCUCUCUUUUUAACUCUCCCUGUUUCGGCCCCUCUCAUUUCUGGCAGAAAUAGACAAAAGAAACCAUAAAAAUGGAUGGUUAGCUACUGCAUGCGUGUCCUCUAUUCAGAAUGAGCAACAUGGAUUCGAUGUACAUUAUCAUCGUCCUACUUGCUUCCCAAACCAAUUUUCUAGCCUUCGCAGACAGGAAAUUCGGUUGUCUGUUCGAGAACGAGUUGUGUUCACUCUACGAGAUCUGUGUCAACGAUGGGAUGUUCGGGAGGUGUCACUCCACGGGAGUUCCUGUGACGGAGGUCUUCACCUACGAUGUGUCUCCGGCCGUGGUGCAGCACUUCCACACACUGCUGCAGAAGCUCUCCCACAGAGGCUUGACCUGGGAAGACGAGGCCACCCAGCAGAUCCUAUCCAAGGAGCUGUCUAAGAUUCCCUACAGGCGCCUGCAGGACCCCAGCCCCCCCGUCUACUACAACAGCAAAUCUAGACUCUCUACUCAGGCUAUGGACCCAGGAGACCGGAGCAUCAAGCCGGUGGAUGUAGAGCUCAACAGAAACCUUCAGAACUACCUGCAGCGUCUGGGCCUCCUUCCCCAAGCCUCGUCCCCCGCUGGCCCCAAGAGCUCCACCAAGAGCAACCGUUACCAGUCCUCCCCUGACUACUAUAGACGUCAGUCCCAGGGACAAGGCAACAAAUCCCCUCUGACCUCCUUCCAGCCUCCCUACCAGGAAAGGCCACCUGCCGGAGAUGGAGAUCUUCUGGCGGCCUCCCUCAGGCAGUACCUGUCAGGGCAGCUGUCGUCUCAGACGGAGGGGACCUCCAAAGGUCCAGCCAUGCUUUCCCCUCGCCAACGGGCAUUUUUCAGCAAGAACACGGACAGUAUUGAACCAAAAGAGACCCCUCGAUCCCCAGCGCCCAUCUUGGACCGACUGCUACAUCUACAGGCAGCUGGGGGUGGUCCCCGAGACCCCCUCAGUCCAGUGGACGAGGUGUUCAUCCAGAAGAUUCUGAAGAACGUGGGCAGACACGACAUGGAUGACCUGACUCCUAAAGACCUGGACCAGAUGUCGAGGCUGAUUGCCGACGCCCUACAGGUCGUGGAUCAGGACCAGACCAGAGCCAGACCAGGACCUAGAGACCUGGGAGAGGAGGAGGAGGAGGAGCAGGAGGAUACAAAUGAGGGUCCAGGAGAACAGAAGGUGGAGAGUGUCCUUCCUUCUGUCCCAGAGGGAAGCGCUCCAGUAGAAGAGGCUGCACUCCAAGAGCGAGAAGUGGAUGGAGACGGAGGGCGGCCAGCCUCCAAUGGCAAGGCCCAGAGUGCCGUCGGGCUAUUCGGCAAACUCCUGGCCUACCUGGACAACAGUGAGUUCCCAGACCAGAGAGAGUCCCCGGGCCAGGCCGGCGCCGGUGCCAGGCGUGUCGGUCUGGAGAACGUCCACAGCAGGUCCACUCAGGCUGAGGUGGCGGUGCAGAAGAAGUCCAGUCACUCGACUGACGUGGAGGAGGUGGCUGCGGUGGAGGGCUGGAUCCAGGCGGUGGAGCCCCCUGCUGCCAAGGCGGUCUACCAGGAGCCCCACGAGAAGAAAGUGAACGUCCAAGAGCUGCAGCUGGACGUCAAAGCCGCCAUGAAGACCAAGACUGACGACGACUACGGCUACAUCAUCACCGAAACCAACCCGUUGCCGACUGACAAGGGAGUCAACUUGAUGGAGAUUCUGGCGCGGCGGGCCAAACUCCAGAUUGCCGACUUCCUGGAACUCUCAGUGGUAGGCCCAGCUGUGACCUUCAGAGUACGACCGAACACCCAGAACGUCAGCACGGCAGAUGUGGCCAACGUAGCAGUUCGCCAGAAGGAUGCGGUGGAGAAGGAGGCCAAGGUGAUCAUACUGGAGGCUGGAGUCACCGAUAAAAGCCAGAUAAACCAGAUCCCCACCAAGUACAGCACAGCCGAGUCCACCAAGUUCCUGAUCCUGACCGUAGUGUCGAUCCUGUGUAUCGUGGCCGUUCUCCUGGCCUCCACCGUGGUCUACUGCCUCCGACACCGCUCCCACCACAAGCUCAAGGAGAAACUUACCAACCUGGGGACGGACACAGGCAGCGAUGCUACCUCCACCUAUCAGGAACUGUGUCGUCAGCGCAUGGCGGUCAAGCCCCCAACUGAGCGCCCAGAGCCCAUGCACAGUGUGUCGUCGCGGAUCAACAGCGUGUCGUCCCAGUUCAGCGACGGCGGGACCAUGGUCAGCCCGUCGGCCCGAAGCUCCACGUCCUCCUGGUCUGAGGAACCCGCCCACUCCAACAUGGACAUCUCCACCGGACACAUGAUUCUGUCUUACAUGGAGGACCAUCUGAACAACAAGAAUCGUCUGGAGAAGGAGUGGGAGGCUCUGUGCGCAUACCAGGCUGAGCCCAACUCAUCGAGCGUGGGCCUGGGGCCUGGAAACGCCAAGAAGAACCGCACCAACUCGGUGGUGGCCUAUGAUCACUCAAGAAUAACCUUGAAGGUUGAAAACAGCCAGGGAAAUUCAGAUUACAUCAAUGCCAGCCCAAUAAUGGACCACGACCCGCGGAACCCGGCAUACAUCGCUACUCAAGGCCCCCUACCCUCUACGGUGGCAGACUUCUGGCAGAUGGUUUGGGAGAAUGGCUGCGUGGUCAUUGUCAUGCUGACACCCCUCACCGAGAGCGGGGUCAAACAGUGCUACCACUACUGGCCCGACGAGGGUUCCAACCUCUACCACAUCUACGAGGUGAACCUGGUGUCAGAGCACAUCUGGUGCGAUGACUUCCUGGUUCGUAGUUUCUACUUGAAGAACAUGCAGACCAACGAGACACGCACCGUCACACAGUUCCACUUCCUUACCUGGCUGAACCAGAACGUCCCCGAGUCCAGCAGGACGCUCCUGGACUUCCGCAGAAAGGUUAACAAGUGCUACCGGGGACGGUCUUGUCCUAUAAUUGUCCACUGCAGCGACGGCGCUGGGAGAAGUGGAACAUACGUUCUGAUUGACAUGGUUCUCAACAAGAUGGCUAAAGGUGCUAAGGAGAUUGAUAUCGCUGCCACGCUGGAGCACUUGAGGGACCAACGGCCGGCCAUGGUCCAAACCAAGGAGCAGUUUGAGUUUGCUUUGACAGCUGUUGCGGAGGAGGUGAACGCCAUACUCAAAGCUCUUCCACAGUGAGGAGAGAACCAAGCCUCAGCAGCAAAACCCUCCCCAGGGAUCUCUCCUCUCCGCCACUCCACUACUCCCCACUUCUCCACCACUCCGUCUUUGUGGAUGUUGUGCAAGAGUGUGACCGGAUCUUGACCGUGUAUUAACAGAAAUAAAAAACAAUAUUGUGAUAUAUAUGGAGCUCGUUUCCAAACAGACAAUUUAAUGCAUCAAAAAUGUUACCAUAAGAGCGUCAUCUGUUCAUUAUUUGAAAUAUAUUAGUCAAAGGAAUAUUGUUUUUAGGACGUUUUGUACGUGGGUGCGCGCGUGUGUAAAAUGUGUUCGGAGUGGCUGAGGAUCAAGCUUUUCUAGUAUCUGUCUUGAUCCCGAAGGCUCUGCACAUGUGCGGGAUUCUGUACCUAGGUUUUCAUCUGCAGCUGCUUUAUCGCUCCUGAUGUUGUGGUGCUGUCGAGUACUCUACUAACCUCACCAUGUUUCUACUGCGUCGCUGCCUGUUGUAGCUCGUAACAGUCUGUUACUGCAAACAGAGACAUGGCACGAACAGGCGAGCUUCUGAGGCAACAAAUCAAACAGAGGCCUGCAAAACAGCCAUUUUCAAAGAUAAUCCUCCCUAACAUUAGGCAGGCGUAAGGGUAAAUGCAACUUGAACUUGCCCACUGUCAAAGUCUGGUUUAAUGGCUACGGAGUGGCUGCCCAGUGGUGGAGCUCAUGCAAAUGUCAAUCGUGUGCUGUCUCUCAAAUCAUGUAGUCAUUGCAAACACUGGCAUAGCAGUGGGUGUAUGAGAAGUUGAAGUACUGUUCUUUAUCAGUAACUCGGGCCGGAUAUGGCAGCCUAAACAAAAUAAAGAUUUUAAUCUCACAAUGCAUGUAGCUUGGUUAGCAGAACAUGGUGCUUGCAAUGCAAGGGUUGUGGGUUUAAUUCCCAUGGGGCCAGGACAAAAGAGGUAAAAAACAUGUCUGUAAGUCUCUCUGGGUAAGAGCGUCUGCUAAAUUACUUUAAUACAGAUACUAGGAUGGUUAAAAUGCUUAUUGUUUUGCCCAGAUGCAUUGACUAUGUAGUCAGCUUCUGCAACCGCAAUAUACUUAGUCACAACAGAUAAAGACGGUUGUAAACAAGUAAAUUAGCAUACAAAACAUUCCGAUAUAUUAAUUUUGGAGUGCUUGUUAAAAUAUCUGCAGGGUUUUCUGCUGUUCAGAAUUACGAAGGAGAGACGUAGGCUACACUAUCAUGUCAAUCAAAUCGGAAAAGCAAAUGAAAGAGGAAUCUGAAGGGGGGGGUGAAAAUAGCAGUAUUGACCCUCUCAUGGUCCUAUGUAAGAGAAGGGAGUAGGCGGGGCAAAACUGCACCUACGUAUAAAGAAUAAAUACAUGCGCAGAAUGUGGACCGUACAAGUGCAAAGUUUUCGGGUUCUUAUGUGCCCGACAGCCUUUUCAGAAUGAGAAUAGAGAAAAGCUGGAUCCGCAGCCAGUUGGUCAUCUCAUCUGUAUAAUUGGGGCAUUUAUGUCAUUUUUCACUUCGGCCCUAUUAUGCAGUGUACUCAACCAUACCAUGUCAUGUGUAUCAAAAAAACUGCUCAAUUAGGUCAAGUGAAUACUGACGAUAACAAAGAUGACGAUAACAAUUCUAGUUACCAUAGUGAUAAUGACAGAAAGCAAUAUGUGUUUCCUCAGACUGUUGAGACCUGGACAAACAAUUAUAAGUUGUGCAAAAGUGAUUGUGACUAAACUUAUUCUUGUCAGUCAGUAAACUAAAACGUGCUAAUGCCUGCCUCAAUUAAAGGAGUUCUAUGAAUUGGUGUACUGUUUGUGCAUUUAAAAUUCCGUAAUUUGUUUGUAAAUAAAACAGUUCUUCAAAUCUAGAAGGACACGUAGCAUCGAUGGUUUAAGCGUGAACAGUUUCAUGUUUCUACUUGAUUGCCACUGGAUGUCCCUGUGUUUUACUAGCAGCUGAGUCCAGGGUUCAUCCCAAAUGGCACACUAUCCCCUAUAGAUCGCACAACUUUUGACCAGGGCUCUGGUGAAAUCUAGUGCACAGGGGAAUAGGGUGCCAUUUGUGAUGCGAUGUUGAUGCACUACAGGAGUACUGUCAAUUCUACCCCAGCACCAAGUUCUGCAUAUAAUUUGUUCCAUUAAAGCCCACAAUAUUUUGUUGAACUAACUGCCAAGUGAUAAUCAGUUAAAGCCUGAAGUCAGUCAUUUAACUCAUAUCCAAAUGUUGUUAAUUUAUUUUUCUAUGUUUGUGUCCAAGUAAUUCUGUUUAAUACAUCUAAUAUUUUCUGAAUUUCAAAUGAAAUGACAUGGUUGUACAGCAUACACUAGAGAAUGCAUGGCUUAUCAAAACAUUUUUAUUCCGAGUGCACUGCUUUUGACUUAGACUCAAGGAAAUAGAGUGCAAUUUUGCACCUUUAGACUGAAAGAGUGCCACUUUUAUGUACGUGUCCUUUAUUGUAACACCUUUUAUCAUUUAAUGUAUUCAUUUUGACAGAUGGCUGGUCUGGUUUGUUGAUCUCUACUUAUAUAUUAUUAGUCAAUGCCAACAGAAAAUAUUUUUGUUCUAUCGAUAUUGAAGAUUUACUCUUGUAAAUAAAGUCCCAUUAUCAAUGGUGUGUUGAAUUGCAA